AUGUCCGCCACAGUCCACCCAGUUGUCUUGAGCGUGAGAUCGAGUAUCGCCGACGCGUCGCGACACGACCACCUCCAGCUCGCAUCGUUCUUGCCUGGCUUGUACCUCACAGAGCUGGGUGACUUGGCUAUCACAGGCCGUCAAGUCACGAACAGCACUGAGAAGGAGCCUGACCUAGAGCUACAAGCUUCCAUAGACAGGCAGCUCGAAAUCAUGGAGUGUUUCAUGCCGUUGCGUGUGCUCCCCUACCCGCUCGUGUUCGGUUGGGAGAUCUUCUUUCCCGAGCCGCAUAGACUUGCGUCUUGUCUGAACAACCAUACUGAUGUUUCUCAAGAGCUUAUUGGGUUUUCUGCCCGAAUCCCGCUCUUGACCCCAUGUUUCUCGUGCGUAACGUCUGGAGAUGUCAAGGUUGCCGUCCGUGGAUGCGUCGACAAAUGA